AUGGUUAAUCGGAUGAGUGAAGUUUUCCUCAUCUUUGUCAUGCUGCGUUGCAGUUGGGGUCAAAUGUCGACAAUUCAAGAUGGCGACGAGCCUGAUGUGGAGGAGACGGAAAGUCAGGAUCCAUUAUGGAUGGUGUCCACAAUCAUCGGUUGGACGACCGAGGAAGGGACGUACAUGACGCCGACAGAGGUGGAUGGUGUGUCCUCUGCUAUAGCAGAUGCUGCGUGGCGUUGGCAGCCGAUCCAGUGGUCCUGGUGGAUAUUAUUCCAAGUGAUAUCCUCGUUGCUAGGCGUGGUUGGCAACCUCCUGGUGAUGCUGCUGAUCUUAGGAGGACGCCACCUACGGAGUUCGUCGGAUUAUCUCAUCGGACAUCUGGCCCUGGCGGACUUCUUGACAUCGGUGUUUCUGUUCCCUCUUCCCCGGGCAGUACGGGUCCCGUCCACACCAUGGGCUGAAAUCUAUUGCAGGCUGAUCUUCACUUCCUUCUUCAUGUGGUUGUCCAUUUUCAUGUCCAUCAUGAUCCUGAUGGUGAUAUCCGUGGAGCGUUUCGUAGCCAUCGUGUACCCUCUGCAUUUCCAACGCUUCCGGAGGCGCAUGUACGUCACCAAGUGCGUUCUACUCCUUUGGGCAGUGUCUACUGCUGCAAACAUUCACAUUUCUGUCAACAUAAGAGUCGACAACGAAUCGCAUGAGUGUACGGUCGGACACGUUUCUCAAACAUGGCAGAUCGUUACUGGUGUCAUCAUCUUCUUGAUCACCUUUGCCAUCCCGGCCUCAGUCAUGAUCAUCACCCAGAUCAUCGCCGCUAGGACCCUCCAGACGCAAUCCCGACGGUUCGAGGGCGUUGUGUCAAACAUGUCCAACGGCUCGAACAGUCUCCUCGUCGCCAAGAACCGCGUUCUGCAAAUGCUGUACCUGGUCAUCGCCAUAUUCAUCAUAUGCUGGGGUCCGAACGACGUCGCCUAUUUCCUCUACAAUCUCCAUGUCCUAGAUCAGAGCUAUCUCUACGGACCGGUCGAUAGGAUCCUGGUAGUGAUUGCGUUUUACAACUCUUGCGCCAAUCCGAUCGUUUACGCCAUCAGGUACCCGCGAUUCCGCAGGGCCAUCCGAAGACUGUUGUCCUGUGCACCUUUGAGUAGUGGCGCCCUCUUCGAUUUCAAUGCGACUACUGUUGCCGGUCGACUGGACCACAACGUAAAUCAAACCAUGAUGAACACCAUAUCAAAUAAUGUAUCUCGAGCCUGA